AUGGUAUCUCCCGCCCAGCGGCAUCGGGCCGAGCACCUGGCUCGAUCCGCAGCUGCCGCCGCGCACGCCUCUUACUACUCGCACCCCAGCGCUCACCUUCACACCUACCUCGGACGCGGCAAUGCCGGUACCCAAGACUACAAGCCCAGCGCGGCAGAGGACGAUCGGGAUCGGAAUGCCCCUGGAGGCGAGACGGCGCCGCUGAACGAGGCGUACAUCCCUCCUCCCCCGUCUUUGGACCCGGCGCCGAGCAAGCCAAUGGGUCCUACAGAGACCGGCACGGAUGGUACCAAGGAAGAAUUGGGAGGCAAGGAGGAUGCGGGCGCGCCUUCGGGGCUGGACAAGGGCGCGCUGGAAAAGGGCGGCGAGGCUGGCGGUACGCGCACUAGCCCUGGGCCCACUGCGGAGGAGGUCGAGAAGUGGCGCGCGCAGAAUGGCGUCGAGGGGGCGAGCCAGCAGGGCGCGACUGCACUCGUCGCUGGUCAGCAGAAGGAGCAGACCGAGUUGAAGGUCAGCCGCAUGGAGCCGCAUCUGCAGCUGAUGUGCGGUCCCCUUCUCGCCUACUAUACCGUCAAGGAGAAUGUCUGGCAGGGCGCCGUCAUGGUGGUCGUCCGAGAUGAGGGAUCCAAUCUUUCCACCCCACCCACUCUUGCCCUUCAAUUCCACCAAUACUCGCCCCCAACUCCUGAAGCCCCUCGCCUAGCCGAGCUCAACUCCGGCGGCGAGCUCCUCAAAGGCACCACCCUCAACUCGGAGAAGAUCCUCAUGUACAAGUCGCACGACGACACCUCGUCCUUCUUCAGAUUUGUGAUCGAGGUCCCGCUCCAGCAGGUCGAGAUGGUGGUGACGUACAGCCUGAACGGAGGCGAGGGGAUCGAGUUUGUCGUUCCCAAGAUUGGGCAGAACCUCCGAUGGGCGGCGCACAGUUGCAACGGCUUCUCAUCCGGCGUCAACCCCGAUGAGUUCAAGGGCGACUUUGAGUCUGGCUACGACCCGGUCUGGGAGGAUAUGAUUCUGCGUCACCAGCAGCGGCCGUUCCACUGCAUGGUGGGCGGUGGGGAUCAGAUUUACUGCGAUCCUAUUACGCGCGAGCCGGAACUUCAGGACUGGAUCAACGCCCCGAACAAGGAAGCCAAGAUCAACACCCCUCUCACUCCUGAGAUUGAAUACGCUGUUGACCGGUUCUACUUCAACCACUACUGCAAGAUCUUCCGCUCGAACGCGUUCGGCCGGGCCAACUCGACGAUUCCCAUGGUCAACAUGCUGGACGACCACGAUCUUAUCGAUGGCUUCGGGACGUAUGAUGAUGAGACUCAGGAGGGCGCUGUGUUCAAGCACGUCGGGUCCAGGGGUUACUUCUGGUUCUGCGUCUUCCAGCUCUUCACGGUCGACGCGUACGACGGCGUCAACCCCGCUCCCAACACCCACCCGAUCAAGUCCAUGAUCAUCGGCGACGUCAAGGGUCCGUGGAUCCCUGCUCCGUCCCACUCGCUCAUGGUCUACCUCGGCCCCAAGGUCGCCAUGCUCGCUCUGGACUGCCGAGCAGAACGGAAGUUGACGGAAAUCGUCACGCCGGCAACUUACACCAAGGCGUUUGCGGAAGUGAGGAAGUACAAGGGGAUUGAACAGCUGGUCAUCCUUCUUGGUGUCCCCAUCGCCUACCCCCGCAUGUCCUUCCUCGAGCACUUCCUCGACGCCAAGUACAACCCCCUCAACAUGCUCGCACGGCACAACGCCAUGGGUCUCGGCGGGAUGGUCAACAAGUUUGACCAAUCCUCCGAGCUUCUCGAUGAUCUCAACGACCACUGGUGUGCCAAUACGCACAAGAAGGAGCGCAACUGGCUCGUCCUCACCUGUCAGGCGCUCGCCCUCGAGUUGCACGCACGAAUCACGUUCCUUUCGGGCGAUGUCCACCUCGCGGCGGUCGGAUGUCUCUUUACGCAUGCCAAGAAGCUGGGCAGGGCGUUGCCGGCGGAGGAGGACCACCGGUACAUGCUGAAUGUGGUGACGAGUGCGAUUGUCAAUACGCCUCCUCCACCGGGCGCGGCGGCUAUGGUGGGGAUGUUGGGUGGGAAUAAGCACAGGACCUUACACUCGGAGAAUACCGACGAGGUCAUGAUUCCCUUGUUCGUGGAGGACACAGACGGAACGCCAAUGAAGCGCAAACUGAUGGUAAAGUUUGUCCAGCCUCGCCGCAACUACGCAAGCAUCGAGUACCUCGAGGAGUCUGGUGAUCUCGUAUUCGAUUUCAGGGUGGAGAAGGUUCAAGGUGGAGGGGACACAAAGAGGUAA